AGGUUGGGGAAUGAUGAAUUUUGCUACACAGUUCACCAUGUUCAAAUCUCGCACAGAAGAAGACAGGACUUCGUUGGAAACUGUUCGGAAAACGAUCUCGGUGAAGAAGGAAAUCAAUGCAAAAUUAAAAGAGGAAGUAGAGAAGUACAAAAACAGCGACAUUGAACGCCAACAGAGACGCGAGAACGCUCGCAAGAAACGCGUAGAGCUGAGAAAGAAGAUUAUUGGAACCUUUGCUCAAACAAAAGCGCUAUCUGCGGAGAUGGAGUGUUUUGACGAACAACGCGUUUCUAACCAAAGAAGUAGUCAUGAGAUCCGGUCCAGAGUUGCCGACUUCCGCGCUCGCAUAUCGUGCUUCGUUAACAAACAAAAGAAUUUAGAGAUUGACCUAACAAAUCUUCAGCAUCCUGCAUCUGUAGAUCCAACUCUCGUUUCAGAAGUUCGGGAAAAGGCGGAUCAAGUCAUAGCUAAAGCUUCCGUUCUGAAAAAUGUGUUCGAUAUGACGGCUCUUGUUGCUGAAAUCCAGGCGAUUGAGAACUUGCGUAAAGAACGGCUGAAAAAAGAGGAAGAGCUAGCCACGAAAACUCAUACUCUAGCAGCACUUGACGCUGAGCAUGAAGCAUUGGAACUAAAGCUCGAGGAAGAACAGAGGAAGUUCCUUCAGCUUCAGUCUGAAGACGACGAGCUCAAGCAAGUUUUGGCGAAGAAUACCAGCGAGUUAGAGGAGUUAGAAUCUGCAGUAACACAACUCAAUGCUGAUUUAGAGGGUCUGGAUCGUGAAUUGCAAGAAUUGGAUGCGAAGAUUGCAAUUGAGACUCAGCGUCAGAAUGAGAUGAAACUUGAACUCAAAGUUACAUCAGAAGAACUGGAACAGUAUAAGUCACAAUGGGCACAAGCAGAGCAGGAACUCAUGGGUUUAAAAAAAGACUUGGAAAAAGAGGAAAUUAAUGCAUCUACAAGAUUAGCGAAUUUGAAGAAAGAUUACGAAGAUAAAGUGCAAGUCCUCAUUGCCAAGAAGGAAAAUCAUAUAAAGGAGAUGGAAGAAACAACAGCAGAGAUAGCUAAAAUGGAAAAGAUGAGAGUCCUCCAAAAGACACAUCGCGACAAUGCCAACACCAUCUCUGAGAAGCAGACGAAGUUAGCAGAGUUGCAAAACGAACUGAAUGACUUGCGCAAGCGAAUCGAGGAGAAGAAUGAGAAACAAGCGAAAGAUAAUGAACGACUUUCGGAACUUCGCCGCGAUGUCAGUAUCAAGAAAGAUGAUAUGAUUGCAAACAUUGAAAAUGCGAAGGUUCAACUCGAAAGUUUGCAAGAGGAAGUGAUUCAGAAUGAAAAUGAAGCAGUAAUGCUUCAGAACAGAAAAUAUGAAAUCGAAGGCGAAUUGCAUCUUGCUAGGCACCAGGUAGAAAUGGCGACUGAAAAAUUGGUGGUAGCAAAGAAUACUUUCAUCAUGAAACAAAUACAGGAAGAACAGGCAAAACAGGAUAAGGAUAAUGAACGUCAGAGAAAAAGAGAGAGAAGAGAGCGAAAGAGACAUAAGGAGAAUGAGAACACAGUCAAAGAGAUGAAGAAACAGAGAGCCAAGAGUAGCGAAGUGAUGCGAAGUCGAUCAACUCUAAGAGAAACUCAGGAAAAAGUUCACGAUUCCCAACAAUUUGCUGAACAUAAACGAAUUGAAAAGCAGAGUUUCGCAGAACCAAAAUCAAUCAAGCAGGUUUCAAAUGAAUCCGUACCACGAAUUAGUCAGCCGAUUACGGAUAAAAGCGCCAGUUUACAGCACACAAACACAAUUGCAUCGAUUUUGGCGGAUGAAUUCAAGCGACACAUUGCAGUGGAUCUUGACGACACAGUGAUGAAGGAAGAUGAUGGUGGAGAUCUAUUUGGCUCACUGGAAGACCAAGCAGACACACUAGAAAUGACCAUCACAAGAGAGGACUUACCCGUGAAGAAUAAACCACCGAAAACACCGGUCAUCGAUGACAAUGAGAUACAUUUUGAGCCAAACGAGCUGUUCACUUCUACCCCACUGCUGGCAAAAAGACAGCCAUCAAUACGUCCUACGCGCACCGAUUCCGCAGGGUAUGCUUCACAAACCGCAUCCGGAAUGCCACCUUUCCGUGACUGCAUGUUGGUUGGAAGUCAGCUGAAGUGCUCUAUCGACGUGCGGCGCGCUCAGCGUUUUUCGCAGAGUCGAUAG